CCCCGCCCCUGUCCCCCCGCUCGGUCCCCGCGGCUGAGUGCUGCCAUAGAGGAGCGGUGCUGGGGGCUGCAGGAGCCAGACACAGUGCAGCCUCAUCCCCGGCCGCUGCCACCGCACUGCGCCCUGUCCCCGGGAAGCCGCCUGCACAGGCCGCCGCCCCUCCUCCUACUCCCCGCCCCCCAGCCACCGCUCUCCGGAGAAACUUGCAGAGCUCGGAGCUCAUCCAACAGCAGCAGCGGCAGCGGAAACUUUCCCAGGGUCGGCCCGGCAUGGCUUCAUCUGCUGCGGGCAGGCUGGAGGUGUAGAGGCGGUCGGGGAUGUCCCUUCGGGUCAGGAGCCUUCCUUGAGCGCUGGGGCUGCCCGGCUGAGCGGAUAGAGUGUAGCCCUGGGACAGGCUCCAUUCCCGGCUGAGCCCCGGGAUCUCCGUGUGAGUGCUCGCUGCUUCUCCUGGGCACAGCAUGGCGGGGAGAGCGGCUGCCCCGGGCACCGGGAUCCUGCUGGUGACAGCCAACGUCGGGACCCUGUUUGAUGAUACAGAAAACUUGCAAAAGAAUUGGCUACGGGAGUUUUACCAGGCUGUGCAUGCACAGAAGCCUCAGUUUUUAUCAUUGCACUGUCAAGAAGUUGGUGGGAAAAAUUACGAAGCUUCUAUGUCUCACGUUGACAAGCUGGUCAAAGACCUGCUGUCAAGUGAUGCUAUGAAAGAAUACAAUCGAGCCCGAGUGUACCUGGAUGAGAACUACAAGUCACAGGAAAACUUCACGGCACUGGGAAGCUUUUACUUUCUUCAUGAGUCUUUAAAGAAUGUGUAUCAGUAUGAUUUUAGAGCAAAAAAGUACCGAAAAGUCACUGGCAAAGAGAUCUACUCAGACACAUUAGAGAGCACCCCUAUGCUGGAGAAAGAGAAAUUCCCGCAAGAGUUUUUCCCCGAGAGCAAAUCAUCUAGAAAAGGCUUUAUACGAACGCGGUGGUGUAUUACUGACUGUGCCUUUGACUUGGUGAACAUUCAUCUUUUCCAUGAUGCUUCCAAUUUAAUUGCUUGGGAAUCCAGCCCGUCCACCUACUCAGGAAUACGACAGAAGGCUCUAAGUUAUGUUUUAAAUAGUAUUACAGAUCAUCGAUUUGAGAAAGUUCCCUACUUUGUCUUUGGAGAUUUUAACUUCCGACUGGAUUUAAAAUCUGUGGUAGAGACACUUUGUGCAAAGACGACAAUGCAGACUGUCCAUGCGACAGACAGCAAUGCAGUAGAAAAGUUGAUAUUCCGCGAAUCAGAGAAUGAUCGCAAGGUUGUACUACAAGUAGAAAAGAAAUUAUUUGAUUAUUUUAAUCAAGAAGUUUUUAGAGAUAACAAUGGUACUGCGCUUUUAGAAUUUGACAAGGAGUUAUCAGUCUUUAAAGACAGAUUGUUUGAGCUGGACAUCACAUUUCCUCCCAGUUAUCCGUACAGUGAAGACAGCAGUCAGGGGAAGCAGUACAUGAAUACACGAUGUCCGGCUUGGUGUGAUCGAAUUCUGAUGUCGCACUCUGCUAAAGAACUACUUUUAAAGUCAGAGAACGAUGAAAGAAUAGUGGUGUAUGACAGCAUUGGGCCAAAUAUCUGCAUGGGGGACCACAAGCCUGUCUUCCUGUCCUUCCGAAUAGCCGCCGGGGCAGGUAAAGCUAAUGCACAUGUGCACAAGUGUUGUAUCGUGCAGUGAUGUGGUGGGAAAAGAUGCCAACACAACGAAAAGAUCUAUCAAGAGACCACGCUGUGAGGACGGGCACCGGCAGUAUACCAGACUGCUCCUUGUUAGAGCCGCAACGGUAACACCAGGUCCUCACAGCCACCUUUGUAAAUUACGAAUCAUCUACUAGGCUUCAUCUUCCCAACAAGUCUCACAUACCUCACUUUCUUGUACGGUUCUAGAACAUCCAGUAGGAACAUGGAUACAUGUAUAUAUAUUUUUUUUUACAUCACUGUUGUGUUGCCAAAAUGAUAGCAGACCAUACAUAUCUGGUGAAGGUCCUACGUCGUUACUCUGCAAAGUCACGACCCAGUCCAGAAGCCAAGCACGCAGAGCUUUUCUUCACAGUCAUCGUAUGGAGAUGUAAUCAGCCCGUCUGGUCGGCAGCGACACCGGACAGUGCUGUGCUGGUGCCUCCACUAUGGCAAAGGGAAGGACCUCUAUGGCUGGACGGAACGGCGUCACAUAUGAGUCACUCCAUUCACAUGCUGACGGAAUCCUGCCAGAGGGGCCUGUUAUCACUAAUCACCAAUUUACCGCUUUCUUUUUAUUAAAGACUGAAACGCUAAUGAAGUCAUUAAAGGUUUGAAGUUUGCCAGCAAAUGACUGGAGCAACUUAGGGGAGAUUUUCCUAAUAGUAGCGAAGAUAUUAAUGGUUUUAAAAAUGUGUUUUCAUUGUCGACUGAGGCCUCUAUCUCUAAUGUUAGGCCAGCUAGGGGUGUAGCCACUAAAGUGCAAUAAUCAUUGACCUCUUGCAGUGACCAUUCAGAUCAAUAGUCAUUACUAAAUAUCAGCAACUAACGCACUCCAGGCCGGAAAACCCCACCCUCCGGCCCGCCCCUUAUUUUAGUGUUUUAAGGAUAAAUGUGAUUUCCAUGUUAUUUACUACACUGCCAUAUAACAUGGCUUGUUUGUUUCUGAAGUCACAUAGCAGCUGCUUUUCAUUUUUUUAUAUAUAUAUAUAUAUAAUAUAUAAAUAUGAAAAAUAUAUAUACUUUUUAAAAUAAUUUAUAAAUCCUACCAAAUCCUAUGCUAAGUAUUCUUUCCAGUACUGGCGUGUGUGCCAUAUCAGUAAAUAGCGUUCAGGAGUAGCAGUUUCAGAUAUAUGUACAUCAGCAACCAAAAUUUAUAUAUGUAACCUCUUUGUGUCGUCCUCCUUGAUGCAGAAGCACCGUAGAUUCUAAUAUAUAUAUAUAUAUAUAUAUAUAUAUAUAAUAUUUUCACAUUAUAUACAGUAGCAGUUUUCACUUUAUUACUCUUGUAAUAAAUUAUUUCUAUGUACUAUUAAGGACUGAACGUUACGUUUCUAGUUAGGCUUUGGGUGUCUCUUUUAAGGGUUUUGUAAACCUGUCUGUCUUUUUAUUACUGUUCUAUGGUGCCAAUUACUCUCUAUACACAGUGAUGACACGGGAGACAUGACCUAUAUAGAUUCUAUAGAAUAGCCUAUUUCAGGUAGAACCUAGUUUUAGAACUUUUGUGUUCAGAGUUUUUAUUAUUUUUUAGGAAAGCAAAAAUGUUGUCGCUGUUGGCAGGUGACACCCCCCCUCCCCCCUAGAGUACCACCUGCAGAAAGGUAAUUGGAGAGAGCCUGUUUAUGAAACACAAAUGUUUGUACUAUUGAUUUUAUUUGGAACACUACAGAGCUCACGGACUGCGAUUACAUUAGAUUGAGGCUUUGUGUUUUUGUUUUUUGGUAUAAAUCACUACAUUUUGGAAAUGGAGCUAGGUCCACUUACAGGAUCUGUCUUUCUCAGCUACACCGCUGUCAGUGUGUACAAGGCGGAUGCUGUGUUAUGUUAGUGUGCCAUAUCUGUUGUAAUCUUCUCACAAGACUGUGUUCAUGCAAACGGAGAUUCCACUUGAUGGUUAUAUGUAUGAAUCGCCUUUAAACAACAUGGGCUAUCUAGUUCUCAACUUCAAGCAAUAAACUGUUCAUUGUGACAAUCUA